UUCUAACAUUCAUGUAGUAAAUCAGUAUUUUGUAUUAAUACGCAGCAUCUGGAGGGUUAACGAUGUUUGUAUUUAUUCGUUCAAGGUAGAGGUUAAGAGGAGUUGCCUCACAAGCCCCUAAGAUAUUGCAGAGCAACGGGCUGAGCUUGAGUUUAAGGAAGAUGUUGAAAAUUUCAGUAGCUGUUUUGAUAAUUUUACAUUCUUUACUUGGGAUUUGUGAUGGAGAACUAAGCAAGCAUAAUGUUAAACACGUUCUAAAGAAAGCAUCUCUUCCGUAUAAGACACAGGUCACCAAAGCAUUGUAUGAACUCGCAAAGUUUCGCGAUGCCUAUAAAAUCAUGCAAGAGUGGGGUCCACUGGACUCCUUACCCGGAAACAUCAUACGCAAAAAUAGACACAUGACCAUGCUGAAUUCUAGAGAUAGAAUUCCCGAGGAAUUGAGACUAUACAUUCUAAAGAUUCUGCAGUUUAACCCUACAGUGUUAGAUGAAUACAAAAAGAGACACCGGGAAUAUCCGAAGGGCCACUGGGAGUCGGUGAAGACCACAAAACCAUUGAACGUUAGCCAGAAAUGUUGGAAUGACUGGACACUCAUGAAAAAUGGAUUUGAUCUCGAUAAUCCAGGCGCAAUCACAGAUUGGGCUUUUGAAAUGUUUGAUGCCAGUGGAAAAAUAGGGCCAGGAAUCCUACAAGGCAACCUCCACUUUGUUGGAAACUUUGACCAGUGUAAUGGAAUCAGAGCAAAUAUUUCACAAGAGAAACGAACUUUUAAUGCCAAAUACUGCACUGGCCAAGAGAUACUAGAGCUCGAUAUUCCACUACUUGACAUUUCCUUAUUACUUACAUUCUGGCAUGGCGAGUGUAUUCCAAGUGAGUGCAAUGCGAAAGAUCUCAAUCAGCUUUUAAAACAAGAGUUAGUACCGCCAGAGGAAUGUGAUUGGGACCCCCUGUCAGUAGAAUGUAUCGUUCAAGAAGUUCUGUAUGAAAGUAUAUCGUAUGACAGCUAUUGCCGGACGCCACCCGAUUACGACACAGACGGAUAUGCACAAGCCACAAUCAUUCUGGUUCUGAUUCUUGCAAUAGUUGUAGUUCUAGCGACGUUCAUGGAGUUCUGCAGAAUAACAGCGUAUGGAAAAAUAUCUGCAUUCAGAUUUAAAGAUAUCUGGAAUUACAAUAAUGGCAGCUACACUAACUUUCCAAAAGAUCAAAUGGACAAUGCGACUACGCAUUUACCGACUGGGCUCCAACCGGCCAGUGGUAACUAUUUUCAGGGCAAAACGGGCUCCUUAAUGCCAGCUUAUAUGAUACAUGGGAAUGGCGAACUUAAGCAUAGGAUACCAACUGCAAAUGGUACGGCUCAUAAGGACACAUCAACUGUCAAGGAGCCUACUGAACUAAAUGGCUAUCGACAAUGGAAACCUUUGACGAAUAUUGAGAGAAUUGUCUUCACAUUCUCUGGAAUCUCAAACUUCAGGAAGAUUUUAAACGCCACCCAUGAAGAAGGCUCAUUCUCGUGUCUCCAUGGCAUCAAGGUUUUAAGUAUGGGAUGGCUGAUAUUUGCACACACCCAUUUGAUGGGACCAUUGUACGCAGAGUCAUGGACAACCAAGAAUUUACUAAUAGCACUUGAGAGACUGGAGCUUUAUUCUUUCCAACCCAUUAUCAACGCAGGACUGACGGCAGAUACCUUCUUCAUGAUAACUGGACUUAUCCUGAGUUACUCAUUCCUACACUUUCUAAAGAGAAAGAAGGGUGGCUGGACUGUGAAGAAGGUCAUCAGUACCAGCAUAUACUAUAUCUUUCAUCGUUGGUGGAGAUUAACCAUUGUAUACGCUGCGAUACUUAUGGUGUACAUUAACCUACAACCGUAUUUGUCAAAUGGCCCCAUCGUUCCUGAACAGGUCACUGACCGAGAAAACUGUUUGACAAACUGGUGGAAAAACAUUCUUUACAUCAACAACAUUUAUAAAUAUCGUCAAGGGUGCAUGACGUAUUCUUGGUUUCUGGGCUGUAUUAUGCAAUUUUACUGGGUAACCCCGUUCAUCCUCAUUCCGUUGUUUUACUUUCCCUUCGUCGGAGGUGUGAUACUGUUGCUGUUUCUUGCUGGAAAUUUGACUGCCCUUGGAGUCUUAAAUCAUAGACUAGAAUCAAGGAACUACACUGACAGCAAUCAGACGUACGUUUUAGACUUCUAUUAUGAUAUAAUAAUGAAGCCAUAUACCAGGAUAGGACCUCAUCUAGUGGGCAUAUUCAUCGGUUAUAUUCUCUUUAAAAACCAGUGUCAGUUCCCCAAAGUAGGAUUCCCAAAAGUAUUGAAUGUAUUCGGAUGGGCAGCUUCUAUAGCGAUGUGCAGUGCAAUUGCCUAUGGUACUCACAGUCAAUUCAUAGAGGGUGCUGAACCGUGGUCAGUGCAACGAGCUGUUGCAUAUGAAACAUUAUGCUCAUUGACGUGGUCAUUGGCGAUCGGAUGGAUGUGCUUCUCGUGCAUAACAGGAUACGGAGGUGUGGCGGAUAGCAUUCUGUCCUGGGGAGCAUUCUUACCGUUGAGCAGACUGACAUUUGUGGCACAUAUUACACAUCCACUUCUUCUUCUCAGCUUUAUUUACAAUAAACGAGACACGGUUUAUAUCACGGAUUCAAAUUUGGAAAUGUGGUGGCUCGCUCAUGUCGGCUAUUCUAUUGGGACGUCGUUCUUACUUGCGAUCCUAGUAGAGUGGCCAUUCCGAGAAGUUGAAAAGGAGAUCGUCCAACAAAUUAGAAUGAAACGGAAACCAGAGCUCAAUACAUGUAAAAAAGAUGAAGCAAUGAUGGACAAUAUUGCAUAUGAACAUUUAGAACUUUAUGAUAGUCAUCAUUACUAUCAAAGUAAAGGAGGGCUACACAUGUGAGCCAAUUCUGAUUUGUGACAAACGGACACUGUAAACGCACAUCAUGAACAAAUCAAAUAUAGCUUUAGUAUUAUAGCCUUGCUUUAUCAUUCCACCAAACGAAAUCCAAAGGUUCUAGAGAGCCGAGCUUCCCGGCAAAAUCUAAAGUACGGACAGCAGUCAAUUUUGAUAAGACAAAACUCUUUUUAUUCUAUUAUAUUUUUAUAUAAUUUAUAUAAGGAUGUUAUAUUCUACCUGAUCAUCAGUCG